AUGGGAUGCUGCCAAUCAUCUUUCCUCAAACCGUCGUCAUUUCAUGACAAAAAAACCUCCGGCGAUGUUUCCGUCCGUCGUUGCGGCAAACGCAGUAACAAGAAUAACCGUCACUGUGUUGUCAAUGAUAAUGAAGGGGUAGGUAACGGCAGGGGAUGGCAUUUCUCCACCGUUCCGGACUUUUCUGAGUUCUCUGCAGCUGAUCUUCGUGAUGCCACGAACAAUUUUAGCGUAAACGCUGUCGUAUCAUUUUGUUCCGACCAAACACCGAAUGUUGUUUACCAAGGUUGUCUUAAAGACGACAUGCGUCAAAUAGCUGUCAAAAAAUUUCCCAAAUCAACGUGGCCCGACCCCAAACAAUUCGCUGCAGAAGCUAGGGAUAUUGGGAAAAUGAGGCAUACGAGACUUGUGAAUUUAAUAGGGGAGAAACAAACUAUGGAGUGGGCUAUGCGGUUGAGAGUUGCACUUUAUGUAGCUGAAGCUUUGGAAUAUUGUAGGCAGAGUGGACUCAAAUUGUACCAUGAUCUCAAUGCUUAUAGGGUUCUCUUUGAUGAGAAUGGGAAUCCUCGGCUUUCAUGUUUUGGAUGGAUGAAAAACAGCAAAGAUGGCAAAAACUUCAGCACCAAUCUCGCUUUUACACCGCCUGAAUAUCUUAGAGAUGGUACGUUAAUUCCAGAGAGUGUUGUCUUCAGCUUUGGGACGUUUCUUUUGGAUCUUGUUAGUGGUAAACAUGUCCCUCCAAGUCAUGCGGUUGACACAAUUCAAAAGCAAAACUUACCUGUCUUCAUAGAUUCACACUUGGAAGGAAACUAUCCAGAUGAAGAAGCAGCCACUGUGUUUGAAUUAGCUUCCAAAUGCCUAGAGAAGGACCCCAAGGACAGGCCAGAGAUUAAAGAUAUCAUCUCAGUUCUUGCUAAACUUCAACACAAACUAGAUGUUCCCUCCUAUGAAAUGCUUGGGAUUUCGAAACUCGAAAACCUCGAAAAAGAACCAGAGAGUUCUCUACUUUACGAUGCUUGUCACCGUAUGGACCUCACAGCUCUUCAUCAGAUUCUUGAGGCAACAGAUUACAAUGACGACGUUGCUUGUGAGCUCUCUUUUCAGCAAUGGUCUCAACAGAUUAAAGAUGUGUGGAACACUAGACAACAAGGCGAUUCAGCUUUUCGGAACAAAGAUUUUCAAUCUGCUAUUGACAAAUAUACUCAGGCAUGGCCAUAA